UUAAUGCAAGACAGGUGGUAAAUGGUUCCCAGCUGACUACAGUAGAAAACGUGGGGAGGAUAAAUCAUCACAGCAUGGACUCUUCCAGGAGACCCAUGGUGACAAAGAACACAGGCUGAAGACAGACAGCAGAGAGUUCCAGCUAAUUCAGGGCACAACACAGGCAGAAGGAAACUGUACUCAAGACAGCUCCCAAUUUAUAGAAUAAUGGACACAAGGACCAGGGUCCCCCACUCCCACCUGUGGAAUGCUCUCCCUGUGGUCCAUGGACAACUGCCUCAUUCAGGUAGUCUCCAGCCUGCCUGUGCAUUUGUAUUUGAAGAGCUGUUGAAAUGCAGUUUGCACUGGCAAAAUGUUGAAGAACCAGAGCUCAAAACAGGAUGGAAAAGAAAUUAUGAUGCCAGGCAAGCAGGGAAGAAGUUCCGCUGGUGCACCCUUUCCGACCUGGAACAGAGGAAGUGCUCGGAGUUAUCCAAAGCGCUCCUGGCCAUGUUGCCUCCUGUCACAAUUAAUGCCUUCACCAAGGUUUCCUGCAUCAGAGCUCACAACACUUAUGACUGUAUUGACAAGAUUAGAGUGAACAAAGCGGAUGCCACCUCCUUGGAUGCUGGAGAUGUAUAUUCAGCUGCAAAGCUAUUCGGCUUGACUGUUGUGGCAAAGGAGAUCUACUCAGAAGGUAACUGUGUGUUUGCUGUAGCUGUGGCCAGACGAGGAACCCUGGAUAUCCGAAGGCUAAAAGGGGCCCGUAGUUGCCACAAUGGGGCCAGAUGGACCUCUGGUUGGAACAUCCCUUUGGGCUUUCUUCUGACUAGGAAUGAGCUUGUAUGGGAUGAAGACCAGCCCCUCAGCCAUGUUGUCAGUGGUUAUUUCAGUGCCAGCUGCAUCCCUGGCAUCGGGGUUACCGCUCUGCAGCUCUGUACUCUUUGCCAAGGACAGAAAUCCUACAUCCAAGACAAGAACCACUUCUGUGAGACCAGCAGCGGUGAACCCUUCUCAGGCUCAGAGGGAGCCUUCAGAUGCUUGAGGAAUGGGGUGGCAGAUGUUGCCUUCAUGGAUCACCUGGCCAUCAUGAAUGUCACAGAGUCAGAACAAGAAGAAUAUGAGUUGUUGUGUCCUGAGGGGUCCACAGCUUCCUUGCCUGAUUAUGCCACCUGCAAUCUGGGCCGUGGGCCAGGACGUGCCGUUGUCACACGCCACAACUUCCAGAAGAUUGCCAAGAAAUUUCUCACGGUUAUCCAGCACCUCUUUGGAACAAAGGGAAAAGACAAGGCCAGAUUUGAGCUCUUUGCAUCUGCACCCUUUGGAGGGAAGAACCUGCUGUUCCAUGAUGCUACACGCCGCUUGCAACUAACAGAAGAGGGGGCUGAGAUCAGCCAUGUCCUUGGCCUGGACUAUGUCACUCUCCUGCAGGGUUUGGGACAUGAAGGGAGCUCCCUAGCCAACAGCCUGGUACGCUGGUGUUGUAUCAGUAACGCUGAACUCCGCAAAUGCGAGGAGUGGGCUCUGAAUGUCAGGUCUGACCCGCUGGUCUGUGUCCAAGCAGACUCUAUGAUCGGCUGCAUUGAGCUCAUCAAGAAUAACAAGGCAGACGCUGUUACGCUGGACGCCACACAUGCCUACUUUGCAGGGAGAUGUGCCCUAGUUCCUGUCGCUGCAGAAUGUUAUGGAGAUGAAUGCGCUCCCACUCAAGGAGAAGAGGAAACAGAGACACUGAACCACAUUACAGCUCUUCCUCCAGUCUACGCGGUCGCCCUGGUCAAGAAGGAUGCCAAGCAUGUCAACAUCCACAAUCUGGGGGGGAGGCGCUCCUGCCACAGCCACAUGUACAGCCCAGGAGGGUGGCUCCUUCUCUCUCGGUACACUGUGGGGGCUCAGGAGAACGGCACCAUCAACUGCAACCUCAGCUCGGCGUACCAGGACUACUUCUGGAAGGGAUGCAUGCCAGGAAGCGAUGGAAACCUUUGCAAAGUCUGCAUUGGGCAAAAGGAGGCAGAGGGAGGGAGGGGCUCAUCCAGGUGUGCAGCCAAUCACAACGAACUCUACUAUGGCAACCUGGGUGCCCUCAGAUGUCUCUUUGGCGACCCCAGCAGAAGACAUUUUGGUGAUGUGGCUUUCUUGGAACACCAUAACCUGCUCCAGAAUAUUGAGUACCUGGAUCACUCAGGCUGGGGGGCAGGAUGUGCUUCUCAUGCCUUUGAACUCUUAUGCCUGGAUGGGAGCCGUGCAGCAGUGACAGAGUGGAGGGCCUGCAACCUGGGCCAUGUCCCUCCCAAUGUAGUCGUGACACGGCCAGUGACUGUCACAAAGGUCUAUGACUUCCUGGUGAAGUCACAGGAACAAAGCCUGGCCUCGGCUUUUCCGCUCUUUGAGUCACAGAAGUACAGGGAAAGUGACCUGCUCUUUAAAGAUGCCACGCAGUACCUCAUCCCCACCAGCCACUUGGACUACAAGGCAAUUCUUGGGGAGUCCUUCUUCCAGCUUGCGGAAGCUGUUUUUAACUGCACACCUGCAGGUAUCCUGGACUUCUGCGAGCAGGAUCCUUGCAGGUAUUCAGCACAGCACUGAAGUUGCAUCCAGAGGAACUCCUAACACAGAAGUGAGACUGCCACAGAAGGUUUGGCACAGCGACCAUUGCCAGGAGGCUCCGUGGGCUUCAGCAAUUGGCUGUUUUCCAUAGCAAACAUACACAAGAUGGGCCUUGUGCCACUCAGACUAUCAGAACAGCAGCUAAUACCGAAAUAUUAGCCAUUCUGGUGGCAAGCUUCCAGUAUCGUCAUGCUGGAGAAGCCAAGUUUCCCUGUUGCCUACGUUUUUCUCAGGCUACAUCUUCAGUUUUAAAAUGGACACUUGCCUAGAAAUGUAUCACAGCAACUUACCCUGGAGCGGAAUGCAUACAAUGGUCCAGAAUGGAAGGUAGCCUCCUGUACAAAGGGAAGAGUCACAUCUGUUGGUCCACCCCUGCCGGCCACCGACAUGUGGCCCCCGGAGGUUUGCGCAGAAGGGAAUGCAGCCCUUGGGCUGAAAAAGAUUUCCCACCCCUGCUUUAGAUGGCUUGGCCCAAAGGAUGUUUAGGACAGACAUCCAACUCUAAAGCCUGGGACUAGUGGAGAUCCAAGUUAGCUCCAAGACGCCUGAUCCCUUGCCCCCACUGGAACUUCCUUUAAGCAAAUGCAGGCCAGAUUUGGGAGACUAUUCUAAGGGGAAACCAGUCCUCUUUUUUUCAGACAGGUGGUUUCUAUUUUUGUCAGAGUUUCCCCAUAAAUUAAGACCAAUUUCUUUCCACAAUACAAAUCUGUUUCCUUAUAACAACCAUGUAAGUGAUGGCUGGCUUUGCUGAACCUCUUUCUUACACAGAGAAGGAAAGCUAUGAACAUUCUCGGCACAUUUGCAUUUAUAAUCCUGUAGAUAUACAACUCCAAUUCUAUGCAUGUCUACCUAGAGUUAAUUGGGGUUUACACCCAGGUAAGUACAGCAGCCUUCCCCAACUUGUUGCCUUCCAGAUGUUUUAGUCUACAGCUCCCAUUAGUCCCAAUGUCAUAUGGCUGUGUCGGCUAGAGCUGAUGGGAGUUGUAGUCCAAAGUAUCUGGAAGAGCACCAGGUUGGGAAAGGCUGGAUCGCGGCUGAAGUGUACCUAAUAAGCUUUGCAAUAUAACAAGGUUAUUUUGUCUGGUUUAACAUCUCAUGCUUGAGUCUCACUCCUUUCUUUAAAUUGUAGUCUUCCUUUUCCUUGUAUAUUUUAAUAAAGGCAAUGUUUUUGAAAAAGAAA